AUGUCGGUUGCCGCACGCGGUGACUUUGCAGGACAGGGAACGGUGCAAGAGGAGCUGCUAUGGGCUGCUGCAGGGGGCAUCGUCUACGGUGCAACGGCUACGUUGCUGGGACAGCCGCUGGACACCAUCAAGACCAAGAUGCAGACUGAAGGCUUUGGUGGCGCAGCAGGCGAGCGGCCAGGCAUACUGCAAGUUGCCCGCCAGAUCCUGCGAGGCGCUCCACAAAAGGCCGCCAUAGGGAAGCUGGCUGGCUUCUACAGAGGCUCUCUGCCGGUGCUCGUCGGCUCCGUGGCCUUCAGAUCGGUGCCCUUCACUGUGUAUUCUGGAGUCUAUGCCUCCUUGCAUGCGGCUCCCUUCUGCAGCCCCUUCCUGGGCGUGGAGGGCCGGAUCUGGGCCAGCGGCGUAGCCGCCGGCUUGGGGCGUGCGGUGGUGGAGAACCCCUUUGAGGCGCUGAAGAUCCAAAAGCAGGUCAGGGGCCUGGACUACAAGCAAGCACUGAGAUCUGGAUGCCUGUGGCAAGGGCUUUCGGCAACCUGCUGCCGCAACGUGGUGCUUGUCACGCUCUUCUUCGUGCUCUCCGACAAGCUGAACCACGCCAAUGAGCUGGUGGACUGGGUGGACUUCCGGCAGCACCCUUUCUUGCGAGGCUGCGCGGUCACCAGCUGCUGUUGGCUGGCUGCAUGGCCGCUGGAUGUGGUGAAGAGCCAGCUGCAGAGCGAGGUUGCGGGUUUCCGGAUGACGCCCGACUCGAAAGGCUCGGGGGUUGGCUUUUGUCUUUGCUUCGUGGCGGAUCACAAGGAUGCACAUCACUUGCUCGUCACUUGGAAAAGAUUCGAGCGGAUAGUUCGAAGAUCCAAAGUUUGUGACCAGGCACCAGACUUGGCGGACUCCUCCUACUGGCCUGGCGACAGGGGUAUUGCUACCGCGGUCUCCCCGCCGGGUGCCUUCCCAAGCUUCCAAGCUAGAUGA